AAAUGCAUUUCCUGAAAUUAAAUAUGAAUGGAUCAAAAAGGAUGUUAGAUCGGUAAAAGAAACGAAAACCAUGUUUACAAUUAAUAUCAAGUCACAGAAGACUGAUCUUCUAGUUAUAAGACUGUCUGAUGCAACUGAAAUCUUACAUGUUGAAGUUUCCAGACCACCUUUUAAAGCAGAUAAAAAACACAAAUCAAAAAUUGCUAAUGAUGGCAGUUUGCAGCCUUUGUAG